ACUAGGUGCUUCAUCCUUCUGCUGCCUGUACCAGGACUGCAUCACUCCGGUGCGCGGUGGAGAAGCAUUUCACGUGGUCAUUAAUAAUCGGUAUAAUGAGGCUGUAUUGAGGACGUCCGGUAGGACGUAGCCAUGGUUACGGUCAAGGCAGUCACGUGCCGAAGGUGGCGCACUCUGUCUCGCCCCCUUAUUUAGCCGAGUCGCUGGCGGAUUGGGACGGAGCCGAGCUGCAGGUCGGAGCAGUGGAGUGCAGACCGGGAUGCUGCUGAGAAACACGGAAUAAACUCGGAAAUAAAUAAACUCAGACUGGGUUUCCAGUGAGUGGGAUGUUAGUGAAGAUCUCCUCAUAGUGGUUUUCUGUCCUCGGCGCUGCAGUUUCUUCCUGCUCCGUGUUUUGAAGAGGAGUUCUCCAGGUAACAGUGCCCGUGGGAAGUCAGAAGUUCCUGUUUUUCGGUCAUGGCUGGGGAGCAGAGUCGUCUCCUGCCCCAUGGAGCGUACAGCGUGUUGGGGGACAGUGCAGACUCCAGGAAGUCGUCCACAGCCGGGGACGAUGCUUCCAAAUCCGGUCCCCGCAAACUCAACACCUUCUUUGGCGUGAUGGUACCCACCAUCCUGUCGAUGUUCAGCAUCAUCCUCUUCCUGCGCACAGGUUUUGUCAUUGGUCAUGCUGGCCUUCUCCAAGGACUGCUCAUGUUGGUUGUGGCAUAUUUCAUCAUCUCCUUGACCAUCCUGUCGAUCUGCGCUAUCUCUACUAACGGGGCUGUGCAGGGGGGUGGAGCUUACUUUAUGAUCAGUCGAUCCCUGGGGCCGGAGUUUGGAGGCAGCAUUGGUCUCAUGUUCUACCUGGCGAAGGUGUGUGCGUGCGGGGUGUACGUGCUCGGGCUGGUGGAGGCCAUACUGAACGUUUUUGGACAGGAUCCAGUGACCGGAGCAUCUGAGGGAAUCCACGUCCUGCCUCAGGGCUACUGGUUCUCGGUGCUUUACUCGUCUUUGCUGUUAUUGCUCUGUUUGGUUAUUUGUCUGGUCGGCGCUCACAUCUACGCCAAAGCCUCCUUCCUCAUCCUGCUGGUGGUGACUGUGGCCUUGGUUUCCAUCCUCAUCAGCCCGCUAGCUGUCCGGCCGAUCACCUUCAACUUCACACACCCACUCGGCCCGAACAACACGGUCACGCGCAACGCAAGUUACACGGGCUUCAGCGGCAGCACACUCUCCAACAACUUGUGGUCGGGCUACUCUUUGGACUACAGUACAAACAGGAUGAUGUCUUUUUCCACUGUCUUUGCUGUGAUGUUCACCAGCUGCACUGGCAUCAUGGCAGGAGCCAAUAUGUCAGGUGAGCUCAAGAACCCCAGCGUGGCCAUUCCAAAAGGCACCAUCAUGGCUGUGGUGUACACCUUCAGCGUCUACACCAUCCUCUUCUUCCUUGUCAGCUCCACCUGCGACAGGGUGCUGCUGAUUAACAACUUUGCUGUAUUUCAGCAAAUAAACGUCUGGCCUCCGCUUGUAAUCGUUGGCGUGUACUGCGCCUCGCUAUCCGCCGCCAUGUGCUCCCUGAUCGGAGCGUCGCGAAUCAUACAUGCCCUUGCAGUUGACCAGCUCUUCGGUUUGCCUCUGGCUCCUGCUGCCGUCACAUCCCGCUCAGGAAACCCCUGGGUCUCUGUACUCUACACAUGGGCACUGGUGCAGUGCACGGUGUUUGCAGGUCAGCUGAAUGUGAUCGCCGGUUUGGUGACUGUCUUCUAUCUGCUGUCCUAUGCUGCAGUAGAUCUGGCUUGUCUGGCUUUGGAGUGGGCGUCUGCUCCCAAUUUCAGGCCUACGUUUCAGUACUUCUCGUGGCACACGUGCCUGCUGGGGAUGCUUAGCUGUCUGGUGAUGAUGUUCGUGAUAAAUCCAGUUUACUCGUCAGCCAGCAUUGUGGUGUUACUUCUCUUGCUGCUCUUCCUGCACUAUCGAUCGCCCACAAGCAGCUGGGGGUACAUCAGCCAGGCGCUCAUCUUCCAUCAGGUACGGAAGUAUCUGCUGAUGCUGGACUCGAGGAAGGACCAUGUGAAGUUCUGGAGGCCACAGGUGCUGCUGAUGGUGGCCAACCCCCGCUCUUCCUGCCAGCUCAUCUGCUUCGUCAACCAGCUAAAGAAAGGAGGCCUCUUUGUGCUGGGUCAUGUUCAGAUCGGAGACCUGGAUGUCGUGCCAACAGACCCUGUUCAGCAGCAGUAUAAUUUCUGGUUGAGUCUGGUGGAUAAGCUGGGUGUGAAAGCAUUCGUUGAUCUCACCCUCUCUCCGUCAGUCAGGCAGGGCACUCAGCACCUACUGCGCAUCACUGGACUGGGAGGAAUGAAGCCGAACACGCUAGUUCUUGGCUUCUAUGACGAUUGUUACCCAGAGGACUACUUCCUUCAGGAUCCUAUGUUCUGUAGGGGUGCAAUGGAUGGUGCCAGUUCUAUCGGAGACGAGGGGGACAACUUUGGCGUAGACCUCCCAUCCCUACAAGCCCACUUCCCUCCUGUGCGUCAUGCAGAGAGCCCCCGCUGGCUUCAGCCGGUUGAGUACGUGGGCAUCAUCUCUGAUGCCAUCAAAAUGGGCAAGAACGUGUGCCUGGGCCGCUACUUCUUCCAGAUGCCACCCGAAAGCAAAGGAAAAGGCUCGAUGUCCACUAAAGGCGGCGGCGACGCUGCUGCUGCUGAGACGAUCGAUGUGUGGCCAUCCAACCUGCUCAGUGCUGGUGGAAACCAAAGCUAUGCCGAUGUAUGUAGCCUCUUCUUGCUGCAGAUGGCAUGCGUCUUGAACAUGGCUGCCGGGUGGCGUCGUGCUCGUCUGCGCAUCUUCCUCUGCGUGGAGUCGGAGUCUGGGGACCAGGGUUGGCUGGUCAAAGAGGAGCGCUUCAGGGAGCUGCUGGGGAAGCUGAGGAUCCGUGCCACUAUUAAGAUCGUGCCGUGGGAUCCUGCGGUGCGGCUGCUCCAAGGAAGCGACAGAACCGUGCCCCCUGUGGUGACGGAAGAAUUUCUGCAUGCAGUCAACAGACUUCUGAAAGAACACAGUACUUCCGCUGCAGUGCGCUUCCUCUAUUUGCCCUGCCCACCUGCUAAUUCCAGCCAAUCACAGCAGUACCUGGCACAGUUGGAUACCCUCACUCAAGGACUUGGUCCCACUCUUCUAAUUCAUGGUUUGACCCCCGUUACCUGUACUGAGCUUUGAUGGAAUUAAACGCACUUGUAUAUGCAAAGGGAAUUUACUUUAAGCCUAAUAUUGGGCCAAAUUUCCUCAAAGGCAUGUUUGAUGUGUGACGUUUAGUUUUGCAAUGGAACUAGAUUAGGCAAAUAGAAGUCUCUCAGCUAGUUAAGAGCUAUUCCACGAAAUCGAGUGGAAUAAUUGUUUUCUAUCCACAUUCACUGGAUUUUGAGAAACCGAGCAUCAUCUCAUUAUCUGUAGCCGCUUUAUCCUGUUCUACAGGGUCGCAGGUGAGCU